AUGAAUAAGCAAGUGUGUGAAAGGUUCAAGAAUGUUUGGACAAAUUUUACAUAUGAACCAAGUAACCAAAGCUAUCAAAUUAAAAAUGAUAAUGAUUUCAAACAGUAUUGUAGUAAUCAAAAUUGUGUUAAUGAGCUUGAAAAAAUUGAUGCUGGAUUUUUAUAUUUGCUUGAUGGAUUCUUUAAGAAUUCUUCUGUGUUUGAGUCUGUUGCAAAAAGCAACAUCGAUCUUGUUGAAUACAUUUUGAUAUGGUUAAGUUAUAUUUUAAGCCUAAAGAAAAAUGAAGGAAGCGAGAGUCUAAACUAUUUUUAUACCACAAAUAUAAAUAAUGAUAAGUAUACUAAUAUUAUAGGCGGUGUUGAUGCUUAUAGCAGUUAUAAGGACCUUAUAGAUAAAAAAAAAGAUUUUUUGAAUAUUAAAUUUGAAGAUGUAUCUAAAUUUUAUGAUGCAUUUAAAUUAUUAUGUGAAAUGUAUAUUGAAUUUGAUGACGAAAAUAAAAAUUGCAAGAAAUAUUUCGAAGGUGAUAAUAAAUUUUUUAAAAAAUAUGAAGAACUUAAGAAUGAUCCUAGUAUUUCUAGAAACAAUUCAUAUAAUCAAAUAUUGUCUACUUUAUUAAAUGAUUAUGAUAAUUUAAAAAGUAAAUGUAAUAAUUUUCCAUCCCAUCUAACAUAUUCACUAAUUUCAAUUGCAUUUAUAUUUAUUGCAAUAACAAUUUUUUGGAGAUUUUCUUAUAAGUAUUCAUUAUUUGGAUUUCGGAAACGAGCUCAAAAACAAUAUUUAAGAGAAAAAAUAAAAAAUAUAAAGAAGAGAAUGAAUCAUUAA